AUGAGCAGGGAUGGUAUUCCUGGAAUACAGGACGCCUCAGAGUCUCAGAGAGAGGAAAUGGAAGGUUUAAAACCGAUAAAAGGAGUACAAACAACUCAGUCCAGUAUCUACAUUUCCCAUCAAUUUCCCGAUAUACCAAUGGAUGGAUCUAGUCAAAGUGGUUAUUGUGUUCAAACACUGCAAGAAACUGACCCCUGGUGGCUGGCAGAUUUAGGUUCAACACAAACUAUAGACUCUGUGUCAAUCACCAGUCAAAAAGGUUGUUGUAAGGACCAGAUAAAUGGAGCCAUGAUUUUGGUGGGAGACUCACCUUAUUGGGGUGGAAUAUUCAAUGCAAGAUGUGCAAUUAUUCAUUCCCUGGGCCAAGGAAUGACACAGAUUUUCAAUUGUGGAAAAAAGAAAGGAAGAUAUGUGACAAUCCUCCAUCUGGGAAAUCAUCAGGUUUUAUCAUUUUGUGAUGUGAAAAUCUUUGGAAAAACCUGGGGUUUUUUUUCUUUUGCUAAUGAGGACCAAAAGAAAACCAGAAGUCUUGAAUCUUCAGUUACAUCUUAUAAUUUUGAUCAUUCAGAGAACAACUUUGCUCCAGUGCUAUCCAGGGGGAAACCUGCCUUCCAGUCCAGCAUCUUCAGUCCUUUUGGGUCUCCAGACAGAGCUGUAGAUGGGUCUCUACUAGGCGAUUUUGAAAAAGGCACCUGUAUUCAAACAUCCCAAGAGAAUAACCCCUGGUGGAUGGUGGAUUUGGGUUCCACACAAACUGUGAAAUCUGUAGCCAUCACCCCCCGAAAAGAUUGCUGUACUGAAGAACUCCGAGGUGCACUAAUCCUAAGGGGACUCGCCUAUUCAUGGCGGCAUACUGAAUACCAGGUAUGAAUCUUAAGUUUUAUCUUUUGAAAAU